AGUUGUAGUCAUCCGUCCGCGCGCCCGUGUAUUCGUUGCUGCGGCGGGCCGCACCGCAGUGAGAUUUAUUAACUUUCAUUUAUUUUCCGCGAUGGGUGGAUUCACAUGUUGUGUUCCUGGAUGCUUCAACAACAGUUCGAAACGAAAGGGCCUCGGAUUUUACGUGUUCCCGAAAGAGACGAAGCUUCGGCAGCUUUGGCUGCAGCGUAUCAACAGAGCUGGACAGCGUGGCAAGUUCUCAAAGUUCGUGCCCACAACAGGCCACAGAGUUUGCGGCGAACACUUCGAAGGAGGGAAGAAAACGUAUAUGGUUCGGGUACCGACAGUCUUUCCACUUAAGCAAAAAAUUAUAAAGAAGCGUCGACAAAUUCAAGUGAAGCGCACUCUACCUGCCAACCGUGUUGAAGUGCAACAGCCACACAGCGAGGAAACAUCAAAUGAUGAAAACAGCACCGACUUGUGCAGUGCCACUGAGAACACUGCUUGUGAUACAUUCGAAGAACACUCAUAUACAUAUCAUGAGCACAAUGAAAAUGAUCUGCUAAAGAGGCAGCAAGAAUCCAUUCACCAUCUUGAGCAGGAACUAGAAAAAGCUAAAGCAGUAAUUACUGCAUUGAAGAAGGAGUUAGAGGAGAAAACAAAGGCUAAUGCAGAUUCAGCAAGGCUGUAUAACCGCCUUCAGCAAAAGAACAGAUGUUUGGUGCUUGAAAUAUCACGUUUGAGUGGUUGCCUCAGAAAGGCCUCCAAAACAAAAAGAACAGAGUUUGAAUACGAUGUCUUGGCUCAGAACGAAAAGAGACUGCGCUACUAUACUGGAUUCGCAUCACGCCUGCAUUUGGAGGCAUUUUGGUCGCUGUUAGAAGACGACGUGAACAGCCUGCAAUUUUGGAAUAUGAAAGGAACUGCAAAUGAAGACAGAAAGUUUCUGCUGCCGCUCAAGACACAGUUAAUAAUUGUGCUUAUGAGACUUCGGCUGGGACUUGACGGAGCCGACCUUGCAUUCAGGUGAGCUAACCCUGUUCUUGACUGUCAACCUCUCUGCUGUCAUUCAAAUAUACAUGUUCUCUAAAUGAAGUGGUAUUCCUUAGGUGCAAAGGAAAUGCAACAUGUUUUCUCAUCAUUGUAACUUUUGCAUUAAUUUAUAAUGCUUACAACAUGCACAUGUAAACUAUCAUGCUAUAAUGCAAGGAUAGGACUUAACAAGGAAUAUUAUUGGAGUUUAGUUUUUCGACAAAGUGACUUUUUUCUAUAGCUGCUGCCCUGAACGACAAGUGCCUCCCAUGGCACUAGUUAAAGGACUCCUAAUCCACACAGUGGUUGAAAUUUAGUUGUGUUGUUGCAGUUGCACAUGAGACUACAACGAACAUGUUCCUUUGAGAAUGUUUUGAAGUAAUGCUGUAAUAGUGGAGUUAAGCGUGUUUGAUAUCUAAAUGCGGCCCUCGCUCGUUUCACUCUUUCCUUCGCUACACCCCGUACAUUGGCUCAUCUCUUCUCUUGGCUGAUGGUUCCUACUUGCUGAGCAAGGAGGAUAAGCAGGGAGGACACAUACUUGCAGGCAGACAAACGGGCUCUUUCUGCUGUUGACGUGACCAGGUUCUCCUGGUGACGUCGCAACCAAUGCUGGGAAUGGCGAAUGACCCAGAGAGGAACACUGCAUUG